GAAAAAUUUCUCAGAAAAAUUGCAGAGCCAAGCCUUUUCAUUCUCCAAUCGGUGAAUAGGUUCAUUCAAGAGAGAGAGAGAUGAAGACGAAGACAUGGUUAAUGGCAGUGUUAUUGUGGUGGCUGUGUUAUGUAUGUGGUGCAGCGAAGGAUCACGUAGUGGGAGGUGAUUCAGGUUGGGAACUGGGCGUGGAUAUGGAACAAUGGGCUUCACAGAGACUGUUCUAUCCAGGGGACAACUUAAUAUUCAUGCAUGGACCGGACCACAACGUGGUUGAGGUGAAUGAAGACGCCUUCAACUCCUGCUCCGCCACGCAUCCCCACCACCACCCUCACAUCGAGGGCACGACCCUCGUCCCGCUCACCACGCCCAACGCCUCCCGCUUCUUCAUCUGCUCCGUCUCCGACCACUGCUCCCAGGGCAUGAGGCUCAGCGUCCGCACCCUGGCAGGACCCACCCCCAAGCAUUCUCCUCGGGCCCCACCAUCCCACUUGGCUUCUCCAGCUCAUGCCAAAGACGAUCACCCUGCUGCCUCAGCGCCCGGUGGGGACCACUUGGCUCCUCCUUUCCCUUUUGGCCCUGAUGUCAAUUCCCCAAAUCCCCAACAGGACCUGGUAUACAGAGAUUCGAGUGGGCCCCACCCCAUUUCUCCUCCUCACCCUGACAAUACACCUAACGCCAUGCAGGACACAGCUGACUCAGUAAAGAGUGGGACCCGCAAGGCACCUCCUCCCCAUUUUGCCCCUCACAAUUCCCCUUAUCGCCAUCAACAACCUGAGGAAGACCUUGCUAAGCCUACGCUGGGUGGGACCUUAACUUCUCCGCCCCAUCUCGACCCUUCCAAUUCACCCAAUAUCCAACAAGACCCCAUGCUGAGCCCCAGGCGCAACUCAGAGGAUCGGUUUCCAUCCCCGCAUCCGCAUCCGCAUCCGCAUCCGCAUCCGCGCCCGCCCCAGCCCCGGCCACCGCCCACACCAACACCGCAUCAUCACCCACCUCCUCCCCCUCCCGACUACCCAUCUCCGGAUAUCCCUUUCCCUCCUGUCGAUCCUGGUCUGUGUCCUCAGAAUCCCCAUCCCAAUAAUGGGACGAGGCUAGUAGAUGUCGGAGGCGUGCUUCUCAGCAUGUGGUUGCUCAAAACUUUACUUUUCUCGUGGCACUGGUAGUUAGCAUUACAUUACAGUACGUGUAAAAUAACAAUCCUGUAUUUCCCUUUCUGCAAUGUGACGAAUUCUUUGGCAGCGAUUGCUGCUGCAGUCCAUGUAGACUUGAGUGCAUUGUAACAUUCUUUACCAGAGAUUGAUUGAAUGCUGUAUCAACUUUUAGAAGCUUCUGUACAAGUGCAUUUUCUUUGUUUCUAUUCUCUCUUGCUUCAUCUUUUUAUUUUCACGUACCGUCCGGAUCGUUUCUUCCUUUUAAACAUCUCUCUCUCAAUAGCAACAACCGCACAUUCAAUUAUCUGCAGCUCACACUUGAAAGAGGCCAUCAAUGAAACAAAAAACCCCUACCCAUGAUGGAAAAUAGGUAAAUGCAUCAUCCCAAGUCUCCAAAGUUUUAAAACCACACAUGAUC